CCACCUCGCCUGACCCCACGCACGUGUCGCCAAUCCGCCGCCGAGGCCAACCGGAGGGAGGCCCAAGCCAUUGUUCCUGACACACACUACAGCCACCCAUGCGAGCGGCAUCUCCCUCGCUUACUAGCCGAGUCCUUGCUGCUGCCACGGCAGGCGAUGUGGUGGCCCUUGCCCAUGCCGGGGUCCAGGUUGCCAAAGACGGACAGGUCGCUGAAGACGGACAGGUCGGUGCAGAUGGACUGGUCGCUGACGGCGGAGACGGCGGAGACGGCGGAGACGGUGGAGACGGUGGAGACGGAGGAAACGGUGGAGACGGGCAAGCUGGUGCUGAUGCCCAGGCUGGUGCUGACGCCCAGGCUGGUGCUGAUGCCCAGGCUGGUGCUGACGCCCAGGCUGGUGCUGACGCCCAGGCUGGUGCUGAUGCCCAGGCUGGUGCUGAUGCCCAGGCUGGUGCUGACGCCCAGGCUGGUGCUGAUGCCCAGGCUGGUGCUGAUGCCCAGGCUGGUGCUGACGCCCAGGCUGGUGCUGAUGCCCAGGCUGGUGCUGACGCCCAGGCUGGUGCUGAUGCCCAGGCUGGUGCUGAUGCCCAGGCUGGUACUGAUGCCCAGGUUGGUGCUGACGCCCAGGCUGGUGCUGAGAGCCAAGGCGGGACCAUUGGCGACGGCACCGGCGCGUCUCCCGUCCGGCGCUCGAUGCCGGUGGCGGUGGAGACGAGCCCACCGAGCGGCUCGCCCAUGCGUGCAGCGCGGUCGCUGCUUGACGCACGGGAUGGAUCCGGAUGGACUCCGCUUCAUCUCGCUGCCUACCACGGCCACGCCGAGUGUGUCCGCUGGCUGCUGGCAGUUGGCGCCGACGUGACCGCCACGAACAUCGCCGGCGACACACCGCUGCACAAGGCCGUCGCCUCCUCGCCUGACGUCCUCACCGCCAUACUGAAGCUCACACGCGAAGACAGCCCACCCCGAACCCGUGCACUCGACGUCGAGGCGAGAAAUCUGUCCGGCGAUACGCCGCUGCAUCGCGCUGCCGCCGGCUCCAACCUAGCUGCCGUCCGGGCGCUGCUGGGUGCUGGCGCCACGCCCUACGCCUACAACCUUGAGGGUCUCCGCCCGGUUGAUGUCGUCGGCUCACUUCCCUGGGCUACCAGUGAGCCCGGAGCUGCCGAUGGCACCCUCGCCGUCCUUCAAGCCGCCAUGGAGGCACGCACCCCGCCACCGACGCUCUCGGCUUCGGGUUCGCUCCCGCGCAGCGUCGUUGUCGCUGAGGUCGCCACCCAGCAGCUCGCCGACUCGUGUCCGUUGCUCGGCUCAGAAACGGUCGCUGCACCGGGCAGCGUUGUCUCGCCGCUCAGCUUUGCCCCACUCCGCCCGGCAUCACCCGCCUCGCAGCCACUGGCCUCGCCGCCGCCAUCUCGAGACGACCCCGCUCCCGCAGAGUCCGCCGAGCUCGCUGCGCUCAAGGCAGAGCUCGCCGCCCGUGAUGAGCUCCUUGCCGCAGCUAGCGAGGAGCAGCGCGAUCGCGACGAGACCAUCGCCCGGCUCACCACCGAGCUCGAGGCAAGUCGGGCACGCGAGACUGCACUGCAGAGUGAGAUGGGUGCGCUCGCCGACGAGCGCGACGAGCUCCGGACGCAGUUGCAAGAGGCGUCGCGACAGGUUCGUGACGCGCAGCGCGAUCACGACACGCUCAGCAAGAAGAUGCACGACGCGCUCAAAGCCCACGAAGAGACGGUCAAGACGCGCGACGAGGCAUACGGCGAACGCGAUGCCAUCCGCGCCCAGAACGACAUUCUCGAGAUGACCAACCGUAUUCAGCGGGAGCAGCUCGCUGCGGCGAACAUCAAGCUCGAGGCCGUCACCGCAAAAUACAACGAGCUGCAGGAUCACUUUACCGCCAUCCUCGACGAGUCGGUCGACGAGGUCGAGGGCCUUGACUGAUAAGUGUAAACAAAGUAUUGCCGGC